CUGGCGGGGCCCGCUCAGUCCGCGCCCGGAGCCCGCCGCCGCUCGACACCGCGCCGCCAUGGAGCAUUUCAUCGAGACCGUGCGCAAGUACCCGUGCCUGUGGAACUCCACCGCCAUCGAGUACCGCGACCAGGAGCUGAAGGACGCGGCCUGGGCCGAGGUGAUGAAGGAGACGGACCUGUCGUCAGUCAAAGAAGUUAAAUUAAAAUGGAAAAAACUGCGAGACAGCUAUCGCGACGCGCUGAAGAGACAAAACGAAAUGCUGACGAAGGAGCCGAGCAACGGCGCCAACUCCAGCAAGAAGAACUAUGCUUGGAAGUACAUGGCACCGAUGCAGUUCCUGCAGCCGCACAUGAGCGUCCGCAAGAAGCCGGCGGACGCGCCGCCGCCCGCGGCCGCCGACGCCGCGCCGGCCGUCAACGGCGACUGCUCCUCCUCCUCCUCCGAGUCGUCGGCGUCAGAGCCGCGCCGGCCCGAGCCCCGCCCGCCGCGCCGCAAGCGCCCGCGCGCCGAGCCCCUCGCGCCCGACCCCAUCGACAUCUUCUUCAACGGCAUGUGCCAGUCCACCAAGCGGCUGCCGUAUCCCGCCCAAAUCGCCAUCAAGCGCACACUGUUCGACGCCGUGCUGGCGGCGGAGGAGGCGCUGGUGGCGGAGCAGCAGACGCUGGCGAGCCUGUGGGCGCGCGGCGCCGCCUCCUCCUCCAGCGACGACGAGCGCCGGCCGUCCUGAGCCGCGCCGCACGCGCUCUACCCCUGGCUGUACCGCUACUACGCCAGCUACGCGCAGUUCGUCGCCACCCUAGCUGACGCCGGGUGCUCCUAGCCCGCGCUCCCCGCUCUACCUCUGGACUACUCCGCGCUAGUGCUUCAGUCGGUUCACUCGGGUGCCGCGGCCGCGAGAUUCAUUGAUAUUUGACAGUAACGUUUUCUCCGAGUGUCAGUUCAGGGUUUUAUAUUAUGUACUUAUAAUAAUAAAAUACCGUAGGUGUAACAUAUGAAUAUCACGGGAUAAGUAGACUCGCCACCAGGCCGAGGUACGACUGACUAGAUAAUAGAAAUAAUAUAAUGGACUCGCUUUAUAUCUAGAGCUAAUAUUAUGUAGUUGUAUAUGUCGCAGUCUUCUGGUUCAAUCUGCGAUUCGAUUGAAUGACUAGCGCAUUCAUUGAAUGACACCAUUCAAUUGAAUAACUCGGUCGAACGUCGAUUGAACCAUCGUCAUUCAACGUCCAACUACAUAGUUAGCGAUUUGUAACCUUGGCCUUUGAAGAUAGCGGAUAUAAAAUCAGUCAGGUAAUUGAACGUAUUUCAUUUUUUUUCCACUGCGGCGCUAGUAGUCACUGAAACAAAUAUGCCGUCAAACAGCUCGCACAGCUGAUAGCACUGUAUUGAUAUUUUGUCGAUUAAAUUAACUUUAAAGUUUAAAGUGCUUUAUUUGUAAUAAAAUAUUAUGACAGCCUGGAUUUACCCAUAACUACCCCGUCAACGGCUACUUAAAAAAAUUAUAGCAUUCCAUUUAACGACUUCACUAUAAUAUGACUUUUAGUCAAGACGUUAAACGUCACAGUCAACGUCUUGACGAGUUGUCCUUUUAAUCAUUCGAUUGAAUGCUGUCAUUCAAUAAAUGCGCUAGUCAUUCAAUCGAAUCGCAGAUUAAACCAGAUGACUGCGACAUAAUA